AUGGGUACCAUGGUUACUACACCAUUCACUUUAAUUCUGGCAUGUACUCUUCUCGUCUGGAAAGUAGGCAUCGUAGGUGUCAUCAGCCUCUCCGUCUUGUUCAUAACAGUACCGCUGCAAUUCAGGAUGGCUCAAGGCCAGAAGAUUGCCCAGCAAAAGUGUUCCCUGUUAGCCGACGCUCGCUUGAAGAAAUCUAAUGAGAUUCUGCAGAGCAUGAAGAUAUUAAAAAUGUAUGGAUGGGAGGAAUUAUUUGCUUCGAAUAUUGAAAGUAUAAGGAAAGGAGAAAUGAAACAAUUGUUUCAAGUGGGAUCACGUUUUUUAUUCUCAGCUGUGAAUGCACAAUGCAUGCCUGUGACUAUAUCAUGUUUGGUAUUUGUUGUACAUGUGGGGUUGUCCUCCACGCCUCUCACACCGGAUGUGGUGUUUACAGUAUUGGCUCUGUCUAAUCUGCUCAUCAUGCCACUCACCACCCUGCCCAGUAGCAUUGGGUACAUUGUGGAAGGACUGUCAAGCAUGAAAAGAAUUGAACGAUUUUUAAAGACAGAUGACACUAUGACCGAUUCUCAUGAUGAGUCUACCAUCUGGUUAUCGGUCGAUACAGAGAGUGAAGAUUAUCUUGAUGAAACAAAUAUGGUAAACGGGAAUAGUACGGCUGUGGAGAUGAGUGACGUCACACCACUUGUUGGCAUUGUUAAAAAGGUGAAUUACGAAACAACGCAGCCCAAUAAUGUAUAUUCAGUGGGGAUACCUUCUACUGUUGCAGUCCAGAUUACAAAUGGGAACUUCGUCUGGGGACGUGACGCGAAAACUCCGAUUUUGAACAAUAUCAACGUAGAGUUCCCUGCUGAAAAACUCACUGUAGUCAUUGGUAAAAUCGGUGCCGGGAAAUCGUCUCUGAUCAUGGCGCUGCUAGGAGAAUUAACAACAAUUACAGGUUUGGUAAACUAUAGUGGAAAAUCUAAAACAUCGUUUGCUGCUCAACCAGCCUGGCUUCACAAUGCCACACUGCGAGAUAAUAUACUGUUUGGAGAGGAUUUUAAUUCAAGGAGAUACAACGCUGUAUUAGAGGUGUGCGCACUGAACCCAGACAUACAUAUUCUUCCUGGUGGCGAUAUGACAGAAAUUGGAGGCAAGGGAAUUAAUAUAAGCGGUGGACAAAAACAACGCAUCAGUUUGGCAAGAGCUUUAUAUGCUAAAACAGACAUCGUUAUGUUGGAUGAUCCUUUAUCGGCGUUAGAUGUACAUGUCAGUGAGCACGUGAUGAAAAAAGCAAUCUUAAAAUUCUUGCACGAUGAGCGACGUACAAUUAUACUAGUUACUAACCAUUAUCGUUAUAUUGAACAUGCGGCCAAGGUUAUAGUAAUGCACGAGGGACAAAUAUCACAACAAGGAGAUCCACUUCAGAUUCAACGAGAGUAUCCAGAGCUCUUCAAACAAUGGCAAAACGGGGUCAAUAUUGUACCGCAUCCUGGCAUUGGAAUAAACACUGAACACACGAGUGAAUUAGAAAGUCAAACGGAAAGGUCAACAACACGCAGAAGCAUUACAAAUGGUUCCCUAGUUGUAGACGAAGCACGCCAACUGGGCCCUAUAUCGUGGAAUACAUUCUACAUGUACGGCAAGGCAAUAAAGCUACCAUUUGUAUGUGUUGUAGUCGGGCUAUUACUUCUAUAUAUUGGUGUCAAUGUAAUGGGUAAUGUAUGGUUAACACGAUGGUCCCAAGAUGAACAAGACAAAAUUAACAAUACAAUUUCUCAGGGAGAAGAUCGUAACACGUGGUAUUACGUCAGCGUAUUUGCGGCGUUAUGUUUUAUUUUUGUUAUCCUGUCCAUGUUGACAAAUAUUUGUCAAGUCAAAUUCUCUAUAGCUGCUGCGGGAAGGUUACAUUUGAAGAUGAUAAAUCGAAUCAUCCAUGCUCCAGUACGGUUCUUCGACACUACACCCGCUGGUCGUAUUCUGAAUCGGUUUGCCCACGACACGAUGACCGUGGAUUUGAGAAUAUGGAUGAAUGUGAAUAUAAUGAUCUCAAUUAUUCUUCAAAUAUCAACCACGUUUAUUGUGAACUCAAUUGUGACACCAUUAUUCUUGACCGCCAUAUUUCCUAUAGCUAUCGCUGUGUAUCUGCUUCAGAAAUACGGUUUAGGACUUCCUAGAGAGCUGCGACGUUUAGACAGUAUCACCAAAUCGCCAGUGUUGUCACAUGUUACAGAAACCAUUGGGGGUAUAGUCACUGUAAAAGCUUACAGGGCUGAUAAGCGAUUCCAACAACGAUUCAAUAAACUGGUAGAACAAACAAGUUUAUGCCAGUUAUACUUCUUCACAGCUAUCGCUUGGAUUGCAGUGCGUAUGAUGAUGAUUGGGAAUUUAAUAGUAUUUUUCUGUGGAUUCAGUUCUUUGUUGGCUUGCGUGUAUGGUCAUAUGGAACCCGGUUUUGUUGGACUGGGUAUUACAACUGGUUUAACAGUGUUUUUCUGCUUCGGCGGUAGAAUUAUGCAAUGCCUCGACUUUGUGACGUUCAUUAAUGGAGUUGAACGUGUGAUUGAAUACACACAAGUCGAAAUGGAAAGAUAUGAAGGAAGUUAUAUUCCCCCGGCUAAUUGGCCUGAGAAAGGAUCUAUUAUUUUUAAAGACGUAUCUGCACGAUAUUCCCAAACGUCCAAUCCAGUUCUACGUGACGUAUCCAUACAGGUCAAGCCAAAAGAAAAGAUUGGUGUAUGCGGUCGUACUGGGAGUGGGAAAACCUCACUGACACUGACUCUACUUCGCAUGAUCGACGUUUUCCAAGGUCAAAUUAUUAUCGAUGGAAUAGAUAUUUCUCAAGUUCCUUUGUUGAUUCUACGCAAGCGAAUAUCUAUCAUACCACAGGAUCCUCAUCUGUUUGCCGGAACCAUCAGAUUCAAUUUAGACCCAGAAGCUAUACAUACGAAUGAAGAACUAUGGAAUGCCCUGCGAAUUGCACAACUAAGAGGAUAUGUAGAGGAUAUGCAGGACCAAUUAGAUGAACAGAUUCCCGAGGGAGGUGAUACUUUUAGCGCUGGUCAGAAGCAGUUAUUUUGUUUAGCUCGAGCAUUCCUGCGUAAAAGUCAAAUACUCAUCAUGGACGAGGCCACGUCGUCUAUUGAUUCGCAAACAGAUGCAAUGUUACAAGAAGUUAUCAGUACAGCAUUCAGUGAUAAAACUGUACUGACUAUAGCACAUCGUAUAUCCACAAUUUUAGAUUCUGACACAGUACUGGUACUUAAUGGUGGUCAAGUUAUAGAAUACGACACACCGCACAAUCUACUAAAGAAGGAUGAAACUGUGUUUGCUUCAUUUGUUAAUGCUUCAAAAUAA